UCCAUGAAACAGAUUUUACACAAACUAAGAGAGAGAGAGAGAGAGAGAGAGAGAGAUAAAAAUAAAGACAUGGAAGGAAUAGAGCAUAGGAUGGUUAGUGUUAAUGGCAUCUCCAUGCACAUAGCAGAGAAAGGACAAGGUCCAACGGUACUCUUCAUUCAUGGUUUCCCUGAACUCUGGUACUCCUGGCGCCACCAGAUUAAUGCCUUGAGCUCACUAGGAUACCAUGCUGUUGCACCAGACCUCCGCGGCUAUGGCGACACUGAUGCACCGACUUCUAUCACUAGCUACAGCUGCCUUCACAUCGUUGGCGACCUUGUUGCGCUGAUGGACACUCUUGGCGAAGAGAAAGUGUAUGUUGUAGCUCAGGACUGGGGAGCCAUCAUUGCAUGGUACUUGUGCUUGUUUAGGCCAGAAAGAGUGAAAGCAUUUGUGAGCCUUAGUGUACCAUUCAGGCCAAGACAUCCGAAGAUGAAGCCAGUUGACAGCAUGCGAACUUUGUUUGGUGAUGACUACUAUAUCUGCAGAUUUCAGAAACCAGGGGAAAUUGAAGCUGAGAUUGCUCAAAUUGGUACAGUAAAUGUAUUGAAGAACGUUCUGACAAAUCGCCAACCAGGACCACCUUGUAUUCCAAAAGGGAAAGCAUUCCAAACCAGUACCGACAGUUCAGUUACCUUACCCACAUGGCUUUUGGAGGAAGAUCUUAACUAUUAUGCUACCAAGUUUGGCCAUAAAGGGUUUACUGGGCCAUUGAACUACUACAGAGCUUUGGAUUUAAAUUGGGAGCUUACGGGGCCAUGGACAGGGACACAAGUAAGAGUUCCUGUGAAGUUCAUUGUGGGAGAUUUGGACAUGAUGUAUACUACACCAGGAGUGAAGGAAUAUGUGCAUAAUGGUGGAUUCAAGAAAGAUGUGCCAUUUUUGGAAGAAAUUGUCGUGAUGGAAGCAGUUGGUCAUUUCAUCAACCAAGAAAGAGCAGAGGAAGUUAGCAAUCACAUUUAUGACUUUAUCAACAAGUUCUAAGCUUCUUUUUAGUCUUUCCCUUCGCAUGCAAUUUUAAGCUUUUGAUUAAGUAGGAAUUUUAGCGUUUAUUUUGUGAAUUUUGAAAUCGUUCACCUUUUUCUGGUUUGCUAUUG